AUGGAGGUGUCAAAUACUUCUCAUGACGAUUUUGGAGAUGCUAAAUUGCCUCCUGGAAUCCUAUUCGAUCCCGACGAUGAUGUUUUAGUAGUCUACUUUCUGAAGAGGAAAAUCUGUCGCCGUCGCCUAAGAGGCAACUUUAUUGGUGUGCUUGACGUCUACAACUGGGAUCCUGAAGAAUUGCCUAGUAAAUCGGUGUCGAAGACAGGGGAUAGGCAGUGGUUCUUCUUCAGCCAUAGAGUUAGGAGGCAUCGAAAUGGAGAUCGAAAGAGUAGAAAGACAAAGCAUGGUUACUGGAAGGUUACUGGCAAUAACCGCGAUGUCACUUAUAAUAAUCGCACAGUUGGGGUGAAGAAGAGUCUGGUUUUCUACAAAGGUCGUGCUUCUAGUGGUGAACGCACGAACUGGAUGAUGAAUGAGUACACAAUAGCCGAAGAGGAGCUUAAGAGAUGCCCGACGGCUACGCAGGAUCCGUAUGUGCUUUAUAAGGUUUACAAGAAGAGUGGCCGCGGUCCCAAAAAUGGUGAGCGGUAUGGGGCACCAUUCAGAGAAGAGGAUUGGACUGAUGAGGAUGACCCUGUUGAUGCAGUGCAGCCGAUUAAUGUAAUCCCCUCUGCUGAUAGCUUCAUAGUUUUAGACCAAGGUCAGCUGCCAGAGAUUGAUAUAGAAGAGAGUAUUGGGCAAAUGGUGGAUCACUCUACAGUUGAUCAACCGCGAAUUAAUGAAGUCACUCACGCUUUACAACAGGUUGGAGGCAAAGAAGAAACCCUGAGUGCUAUGGUGGACCCAUCACUUGGAGAAGCCGUUUUUAUUGAACCAAGAUUAGUUUUGCAUCCUGGUGGUCAGCAUUCUGUUGCACAGGCUAGCUUUGAGGUCACACUGUCAGCUACCUCUAAUAUGUAUUCAUGUGAUGCUCCCAAGGUCACAUCUGCCCCCAAUAUUUCUGAACACAAUCAUUAUGCAGUGGAGGAGGAUUUCCUAGAAAUUAAUGAUCUCUUGGAUCCAGAACCUAGCUUUCCAGAAAUGGGGAAUGCCGGUGAGAACUUACAUCUUCAGGAAAUGAUUGGAUGGGAUGAACCUGACCUUCACUUUGAUGCUGUUAUGUUUCUUAAGGAUUUGGGACAUGGCACACUCCAGGUUGACAUGGCAAGCCAGUUGAAUUAUCAGAUGUCAUCCCACACAGACGAUACAAAUAACGUUAGCGGUGAGCUUUGGACACAUGACCAGAGAUCCAGCAUAUUUGUAUCAUCUGAAUCUGAUCAGGUGGUUUUUGCACCACCAAGUUCAGGUUUUGUAUAUGCAGGUAGUGCUACAAUCAUUCCUAUUGAAGCAAGACAGAAUCAAGUUGGCAAUGAGGGAGAACCUCAAGAUUCUUGGAUCAGUUUUAGCAAAUAGAAAGAGGAAUGUUCGCUGAAAAUCUGACCUCAAAUCGGAUGGUUAGAGCAGCAAUUAUGGAU